AUGACAGAUACAUCAGGACCCCAAGUCGAAGAAAAGGCAACACACAACGAUGUCGAACGGCUCAAUACCCAAACAUCCACCUUCCAACCACCUCAAAUGCAACCAUGGCAGCGCCGACUAAUUGUUCUCUCACUCUGCAUGUCCCUUUUCCUCGGCGCACUCGAUAUAACAAUCAUCUCAACCGCUUUACCCAGCAUCGCUGCGCAUUUAGGAGUAACGUCUCGAGAAUACGCCUGGAUCGGAAGCAGCUAUACACUAGCAACAACCGCCUCAACGCCAGUCUGGGUCAAAAUCUCAGAUAUUUGCGGCCGAAAGCCGACAAUCAUGGCUGCAGUUAGUAUAUUUAUGGUUGGGAGUUUGGUCAGUGCAUUGGCCAGCGCGAGUAUGUCGCUUAUCGCGGGCAGAGUCGUGCAAGGACUAGGUGGUGGUGGGUCGAUCGUUCUCGUGACGGUUAUUAUUGGCGAUAUUUUUGCGCUGGCGGAGCGUCCUAAAUACUAUGGUAUUACUGGGAUUGCGUUUGCGAUGGCUAGUGCCAUUGGACCGGUUUUGGGAGGUGUUUUCACUGAUAGUAUUGGGUGGAGAUGGUGCUUUCCUCGUGUACAUGCUAACAAUAGCCCAUUCUAUAUCAAUCUUCCCUUCGACGGCGUCGUUCUACUCCUCCUCUUCUUCAACCUGAAUCUCACCCUCGAGAAAGAGCCAGUAACAAGACUAAGCAGUAUAGACUGGAUGGGCUUCCUACUCAUAAUCGGCGGAACAAUCUGCUUCCUCUACGGCCUCGAAACAGGCUCAAGCGGCCUCAUACCCUGGACCUCACCAACAGUAAUCCUACUAAUAAUCUUCGGUGUCAUAAUAAUGGCCCUAUUUAUUAUAUGGGAAGCCAAAUUCGCGACAAACCCCCUGAUCCCAAUCCGGAUCUUUCAAACGCGAUCACUCCUCGCCUCGUUCACCGUCGCGUGUCUCCACUCCUUCGUCUUCAUCUCCUUCGACUUCUUCCUACCACUGUACUACCAAGUCGUCCUCGGGUUUCGACCAAUAAUAUCCGGCGUCACGCUCUUCGCGCUGAUAAUUCCAAUGUCGGUCGCGACGUUCGGCGGAGGCAUGUUCGUCCGCAAAACGGGGAACUACAUCGCCAUGAUCUUCACAGGCACGACCGUCCUCACGCUAGGAACGGGUCUAUUCAUCGACUUCGGAACAAAUAUCUCCUGGGCUAGAAUUAUCUGUUUCGAAGUCAUUGCCGGUCUGGGAGCUGGAUUACUUUUCCAGAGUCCGAUGAUUUCCUUGCAGACGCAUUUACGGCAGAAAGACGUUGCAGCGGCGAUGUCUGCGUUUACUUUUCUCCGGAAUUUAUUCACGUCUAUUUCUAUUGUCCUAGGGACGGUUCUGAUUCAGCAGAGUAUUGGAAGCGGUAGUUUGACUUCUAGGAUUGAGGCUGGGGAUGAGGGUGAUGAUCGCAGAGGGACUUAUGUGACCGGGUUGCGGAAUAUGUGGAUUUUCUACGCUUGCACGGCAUCGGUUACGAUUCUCGCUACUUGUUUUAUUAAACCUAAGGGCGUGAAGAAGAGUGAAAGUGAGGACCUCAGGGAAGAACAGGGCCGUGGAGAAGUCGGAGACGUCUGA